AUGGCCCUGCAGGGUCACCCUGAGCCCCAGCCAACCAACACCCCAAUCUCAGCCACAGUGGGAGGCCCCAUCAGCCUCUUCACCCAACCACAUUGCCACUCUGCUGCACAGGACCUUGUGUGGUCCCGGGCGUGGCCAGACCCAGACGUCCUGGAGAUCUCAAUGCAGGCACCCGGCGGCAGUUCCUGCAGGAAGGAGGCCGUCCUGCCACGCCUGCGGGUGACCCGGCCUCUGCUGCCAGAGCCCGCCAUCCUUCCUGUUUGUGCUGCCAGGCUGGCAGGGUCCCUUGCCACCGACCUCAGCCGCAGCCACAGCCUGCUCCCUCCCUGGGUGGAUUUGAAGGAGCCUCCCCCACCCUCCGCCCCUGGCUUGCUCCUCCUUGAGGACCCUGGGCAGGGUGGCUGCCAUGGGGCCCAGUCGUGCGUGGGAACCUGUGAGCUGGCAAACGGGGCUCAGGGGUUUUGCCCAGAAAUGGGUCAGAACGAAAGCCUCUCAGAGGAAAGAGAAGGGCAUGAGUCAAAGAGAAAGUCAGGGGGCAGGGGCUCCCCCUCAUCUCACCCCACCCAGGCCUCCUGACUCCCUGGGUUUGUGUGGACCCAGGCAGGCAGCCCGCCCCAGCUCCGUGGUCUGUGAGCAUCGUGAUGAUCAGGACACAAGCUCUUCCCAGCGGAGCCUUCACUGUGGGCCAGCUUCCCGGUGGAUGCCCACUGAAGAGGCCUCAACCCAGUGGGCCCCACUCCAGACCAAGAGCAGACCACCGGCCAGCUGCCCCCUGCAGACAGCGGCACCCGGGGCAGCAGCAAGGCACCACCUAAUCAGCUGCCAGCGAAUGUCAACCAGAAAAACGUGAAAAGGAGACGACCGGCCUCGCCUCCCAGCCUACAUCUUUCUCCCGUGCUGGACGCUUCCUGCCCUCGAACAUCGGACUCCAAGUUCAGCUUUGAGACUCGGAAUGGCUCUCCGUGCUCCUCAGCUUGCAGACAGCCUAGUGUGGGACCUUGUGAUAGUGUGAGUUAAUACUUAA